AUGAGCGGCACACACAAGUUCUACACCCUCCCCGAGCCUUCUGCUCGCAACGGCUUCUCUGUCUUGAAGCUCAAGGAGGGGCCCAUCCCCAAGCCUGACCCCGACCAGGUGCUCGUCAAGGUGCACGCCGUCUCGCUCAACUACCGCGACUUGAUCAUUGCCAAGAACCAGUACCCACUCGACCUCAAGCAGGGGGAGCUAAUCCCUGUCUCGGAUGGCGCCGGCGAGGUGGUCUCGGUCGGAAGCAAGGUCUCCAAGUGGAAGAAGGGUGACCGCGUCGCCAGCAUCUUCACUCAGGCUCACCAGCAAGGCGCGACCCCCGACAAGGAAGCGGUGAAAACGACGGUCGGUGGUAUGCUCGACGGCAUGCUGGCUCAGUACGUCGCUCUACCCGAGACGGCAAUUGUGCGUAUCCCUUCUCACCUUUCGUACGAGGAGGCUGCUACGCUGCCCUGCGCUGCCGUCACCGCCUACAAUGCGCUCUACGGCAUCCCCACCGAGCAGCUGCGUGCGGGCGACACGGUCGUCGCCCAAGGCACGGGUGGUGUCAGCGUCUUUACGCUUCAACUCGCCACCGCUGCUGGUGCCAAGGUGGUCAUCACCUCGUCGUCGGACGACAAGCUUCAGAAGGCGCUCAGCCUGGUCCCGCAAAGCCUGCGCCACCUCGUCACCACGGUCAACUACAAGACCAACCCGGACUGGGACAAGGUGGCCCUCGAGGUGACCGACGGCAAGGGUGUCGACCACGUCGUCGAGGUCGGCGGCGCAGGCACGCUCGAGAAGUCGUUCAACUCGAUCAAGCGAGGCGGUGUCAUCUCGACCAUCGGCUUUGUGGCCCAGGGUGAAGCGCCCAACGUUGCCUACCACGCGCUGCUCACCGGUGCCAUCUUCAAGGGUGUUCUGGUCGGUUCCCGCCAGCAGUUUGAGCACAUGAACCAGAUCUUGGAGGACCACAAGAUCAAGCCUCUGGUCGACAAGGUGUUCCCCUUCGAGAAGGCCCAGGAGGCGUACGCCUACCAGUGGAGCCAGGCCCACGUUGGCAAGGUUGUCAUUCGUAUCUCGUAG